AGGUGUACAGAGAUGUUACACGUGCUCACAUGGAAAGAAAAAUAGUGACUGUACAAAGAUAGAAACUUGCAAGAAGGAUGAGGAGACUUGUGAAACAAAGAUACGCAGAGAUAAAGGCGAAAUUCGCAAGAAAUGCGAAAAGACCAAGGAUUGCAAGCCUAAAUGUGAUGCAAAAGACAAGGAAUGCACCAUGUGUUGCACCGGGGAUCUGUGUAACAAAGACCACGGAUAUGCUGAGUUCAAAGCUUGGGGACAAUGGUCGUCAUGUAGCAAACAAUGUGGAGGAGGCAAGCGCAGCAGAAGCAGACAGUGUUCUUCUACAGGCAAUCUUCCAUGUUCUGGUGAUACCAAAGAGGAGCAAGAUUGCAACAAGCACUCAUGUCCUCCGAAAGGUAGUGUUGAAAAUGUGUUAA